AUGGUGGCUGGUGAGAUUAAUUAUGCUCUUAAUAAGCUUAUUACAGCAUCAUCUGUGGUUGACUUCGUAGCUGGCUUACAUAUUGCUGGCUACGAUUCUAUGAGUUUUGGUAAAUUGCUGACUCUGUGGUACAAAAGAGAUACUUUCAAGCACCUUUUGAUUGAGCUGGCGGAUAUCUGGCCGAUGUCCGAGCAUGAUAAGGGAGCCAUUGAAAUCAAACGGAAUAAGCUGUCGAGUUUGCGUAUUGGUCAAUUUUGGUACGCCUUCUGGAAUAUAUUGGGGCUGUGGCUGUACAAUUUGACUCCUAUAGCAAUCUACUUGUAUCACAAGAUUCGAGGCGCGCCAGCUUAUUUGGAUUAUAUAUGGCAUCUGUCUUAUCCCUUUGAUAAAACUAAACCCGUAUAUCACGAAAUCGUCUUUGUCUUUGAACUGUACGGAGCAACUUUUAUCACAGCAGACGAAUGCGAUAUUGACUGUUCCAAUGUUUAUGAUCCAGUAUGUGGUAAAGCAAUGGCUUUAGGUGGAACUGUGGUUGUCAAAAGAUUCCACAAUAUCUGCUACUUCAAUAAAAUCCAGUGUAGAUUUGGAUUCACAGAAUUACAUCAAAUACCAGACGAGGUAUGCAAAAUAGGAAGAAGUAUUGGUAUUGGUCGAAGGGUAAACGACUUUAGCGUCGUGGGAGCUCACCAAGCGUGCAACCACACUUGCCCCACAUUUUGCCUGGAUACAUACGACCCGGCUUGUGCCCAAAUAUGGUCGCAGAAUAUGCAGACGUAUACCUACAGACCAAUGAUCAACCAUUGCCAUAUAGACUUGUUUUCUUGUGUAAUGGGAGUGAACGUAACAAUUCAGCCGCUUAUUGGAAAGUGUUAUAAAAACCCGACAGCGCUCAUGUUCAUGUUUCACAUUGCCUCACUGAAGACCUUGAAGCUACUAGAUGAACCACCGGCUGUUACUCACGCCAAGCUGACAGUACCAGCGGUACCGAAACGAAGAUCUGGCGGUAGUUAUAUCGAUGACGAUGAGAAUGAGGAUUUCGUUCGACUUAUCACAAAAAUCUAUUGA